AUGGCACAACCCCAGGUUGACGCCACUUGGAUGUGGCACCCUAACUUCACAGAGGAGCGCACAGAUACGGCCGGGCUGUUCGUCCACUUCAGAAAUCAGUUGAUUGUCGAUAGUUCGCCGCCUCCUUCACUCGUCAUUGGGAUCACAGCCGAUACGCGAUACAAACUGUACGUGAAUGGGCAGCUCGCCUCGUUCGGGCCAGUAAAAGGCGACCCGAGCCUCUGGUUCGUUGAUGAGGUCGACGUCGGCCCCUACCUGCGGACCGGGACCAAUGAAAUUUUGGUCAUAGUUCUGCGAUUCUUCUAUGCUAGCCCCUACGCGACGUCCUUCCCCCGGCUGCCUUUGGGCGGCUUGCGAGUCACGAUCGCCGACGCUCAAAGCUCAUGGCAUGACAGCCUUAAAAGCAGUACUCACUGGAGCACAGCCAUUGAUGAGACGAGUAUUCUCAGAAUAGAUGAGCCAGAAGAUGACUUUCUCCACAUCUAUGAAUAUGUCGACAAAUCUCAACGUCGCCUUUUGGAAUGGGUUCCGGCGAAGGUUCACGAAUUUAUGACUUCUACAGGAAAUGCAACACCAUGGCAUCUCUCUCCACGAAUCAUCCCGCCAAUGAAGCGUGAGGCGGCUUAUGCCUCGGCGGUCCAUCAUGUGCAGAGUAAUCAGUCUCUUUUGAACUGGGAGUCCGUGCUACUUCGCGCACCUGGCAGUCAAAACUCGGGUCAAAGCUUGACUCUGUCGCCGCACAGUAGCCAUCACUUCGACGUUGAGAUGGCUCAACACACUACCGCGUUUGUCCGUCUUCGUUUUAAACGCCCACGUACAGCAGGAAGCGUCUUGAAUGUCACAUAUUCGGAGAGCUACGAGGACGAACCUACCCUGGUGCCAUACUUGAGACGCAAAGGUCACCGCUGUGACUAUAGCAAGUCCUUGUAUGGUCCGCAAGACCGUUAUCACUUUGGAGGGAUCACUGCAGCGGAAAGCGCCGAGGACCAAUCCGAAGAAUCGUUCAUGCCAUUUCAUUUCCGUACUUUUCGGUUCCUUCGAAUGUCGAUUGAUGUUGGAGACAGCGAGCUAGACUUGGAAGGAAUCGAAAUUGAAGCAGUAAACUACCCAUUGGAGGUACUUGCAUCUUUCAAGGCUACUCCGUCUGGCAACGGAGUCAUAGAGCAGUUGUGGUCAACGAGUGUUCGGACCUUGUCCAACUGCAUGCAUGACUGCUACGAAGAUUGCCCCUUCUAUGAGCAACUCCAGUAUGCCAUGGACACCAGGAGCUCAUGUCUGUUUACGUACUACGUAUCGGGCGACGAUCGAUUGGCACGGCAAGCCAUAACACAGAUCCACAACUCAUUUCAGUCUCGUUUAGGCCUGACUUGCAGUCGUGCGCCAUCGCACAAGCCGCAGUUCAUCCCACAUUUCUCGCUCUUUUGGAUCCUAAUGCUCGACGACUACAUGAAGUUUUACGGCGAUAAAUCAUUCCUGGAGCCAUUGCUGCCAGCCGUAGAUGCAAUCCUCGGAUACUUCCACCGCCUCAUAGACCAGAAGUUGGGACUUGUGGCGUCGAAUUCCCAACCCGGCAUCUGGAACUUUGUUGACUGGGCUGAGGCGUGGAGACCAUAUGGCAUUCCUCCUGCGGCUGAGCGGACAGGGUUCUCUACAUAUACGAACAACCUGUAUGCGUACACCUUGAAGCAUGCGGCGACAUUGGUGACAUCUCUCGGACGACCGGGUAUCGCUGGAGAGUAUCUAGGUCGUGCGAGUAACAUCAUCGACGCCGUCCGCAAUCACUGUUUUGAUGGCGAGCUCUUCUCAGACGGUCUUGCCUCUAGCGCAAUCGCGGACAUCGACUACUCCGAGCAGAACCAAGUCUGGUCAGUACUCAGCGGUGCCGCGAGUGCAAGUGUGGCAGCAACAAUUUUGCGUAAAAGCCUAGAGCCUGCGCCAGCCAAGCAAUUGGUUCGAUCUUCGGUUUCAAUGUCGUUCUACACGCUACGCGCCCUCAGUGCUGUUGGGGGAAACAUUUACGAUGAGACAUUUCAUCAGUUUUGGGAUCCAUGGCGGCAACAGCUGGCGUUGGGCCUGACUACGUGGGAGGAAGAUAGCGUCUCUCAACGCUCGGACUGCCAUGCCUGGGGAAGCGCGCCUAUCUACGAGUUUAUGGCCGAGGUUGCAGGCGUCCGUCCAGCAAGUCCAGGUUGGGAAUCGAUCGAGUUUUCCCCGAGGUUGAACUUAUUCUCAACCAUAGAGGCAACAGUCCCACUCCGUCAAGUUGGUGCCAAGUCAGAAGGUCUUGUCCAUGUUUCCUGGGUCACUAACGCGGAGGGUGUAAUAAAGAUAACCCUGAGACUAGAGUUGCAGGAACCCAAGCUGAUACCUAUCCACGUCAAGCUGCCAUCACAGCCUCUGCGGGUUGUGGAUAGUGCGUCAGACUACACUUUCGUUGUGCAGUCAGGUACUUUACUUGAAGGAACCCCAUGA